AUGAUUUUAAAUACUUUUAAAAACAUUGGAAAAAAUGUCAACAUACCAAAGAGAUUCUGUUCAUCUUUAAAUCAGGGAUUAUCUUUUAAUUUUACUGAAGAUCAAUUGGCAUUAAAAGAUGCAGUUCAGGCUUUUGCAAAAGAAGAAAUUAUGCCAUUUGUUAGUGAAUAUGAUAAAACAGCAAAAUUUCCCUGGGAUAUUAUUAAAAAAGGACAUGCUGCUGGGUUAAUUAAUACCACUAUUCCUGAGAAAUAUGGUGGUUUAGGAUUAAAUAGUGUUUCAGAAGUUAUAAUAGCAGAAAAUUUAGGAUAUGCAUGUACAGGAAUAUCUACAUCAUUUCUUGUAAAUGGUCUUGCUGCUGCUCCACUUAUUAUUGCUGGAAGUGAGGAAAUCAAAAAGAAAUAUCUUGGUUGGUUGAUUGAUGAACCUAUUGUUGCUUCUUAUGCUGUUACUGAACCAGGAGCUGGAAGUGAUGUUGCUGGAGCUAAGACAAGAUGUGAGAAGAAGGGUGAUGAGUACAUUGUUAAUGGAAACAAAAUGUGGAUCUCUAAUUCAGGUCACGCAAAAUGGUUCUUUGUUCUUGCAAGAUCAAAUCCAGAUCCUAAAGCUUCAGCUGGUUCAGCUUUUACUGCAUUUGUUGUUGAUGCUGAUACUCCUGGAAUAACUGUUGGAAGAAAAGAAUUAAAUAUGGGACAAAGGUGUGCUGAUACUAGAGCAGUAACUUUUGAAGAUGUUAGAAUACCAGCUUCUCAAGUUGUUGGAGCUCCAGGUGAAGGUUUUAAAGUAGCUAUGAAAACUUUUGACAAAACUAGACCAUUUGUUGCUGCUGGUGCUAAUGGUAUUGCCGCAAGAGCUGUCGAUGAAGCAACAAAAUAUGCUCUUGAGAGAAAAGCAUUUGGCACAAAUAUCUGCAAUUUCCAAGGAGUUUCAUUUAUGUUAGCUGACAUGGCUAUGAAUCUUGAGAUUUCUCGUUUAAUUACUUAUAAAUCUGCCAAAUGUAUUGAUGACAAAGUUGAAAGUAGUAUUUAUUCUUCAAUGGCAAAGUGUUUCGCAGCUGAUACAGCAAAUUUAGCUGCCACAAAUGCUGUUCAAAUAUUUGGUGGUAAUGGUUUUAACACAGAAUAUCCAGUUGAGAAGUUAAUGAGAGAUGCAAAAAUAUUCCAAAUAUAUGAAGGUACAUCUCAGGUUCAAAGAAUGGUUAUUUCAAGACAUCUUUUGAGAAAAGUAAAGGAAAACGGCUCAUUUUUUUAUAAUUAA